AUGGCGUCCGGCUUCAAGAAGUCCAACCUGUCCUCCGCCAGCAACAAGAGAAGAGGGGGUGCUAAGCCUGAGCUCACGGAGGAGCAGAAGCAGGAAGUCCGGGAAGCGUUUGACCUCUUCGACUCGGACGGGAGCGGCACCAUCGACGUGAAGGAGCUGAAGGUGGCCAUGAGGGCGCUGGGCUUCGAACCCAGGAAGGAGGAGAUCAAGAAGAUGAUCUCGGACGUGGACAAGGAAGCGACGGGGAAGAUCAGCUUCAACGACUUCCUGGCCGUGAUGACUCAGAAGAUGGCCGAGAAGGACACCAAGGAAGAGAUCCUGAAGGCUUUCCGGCUGUUCGACGACGACGCCACGGGCAAGAUCUCGUUCCGGAACCUCAAGCGCGUGGCGCAGGAGCUGGGCGAGAACCUCACGGACGAGGAGCUGCAGGAGAUGAUCGACGAGGCCGACCGCGACGGGGACGGCGAAGUGAGCGAGGAGGAAUUCCUCAAGAUCAUGAAAAAGACCAACCUCUACUGA